AUGUAUCUAUCUCUGCAUCUAUCUAAUACGCUUUCUCUCUCUCUCUCUCUCUCUCUCUCUAUCUAUCUAUCUAUCUAUCUAUCUAUCUAUCUAUCUAAACUCAAGUUCACUCACGUGUAUGCUGCCCAGUCAAUACCGCUGUGCGCCUUAUUGGACAAGCUCAGCGCAUUUUCCACGUUCUCAGCAGCGACAUGUUUCUUUCCUCGCCACCCAUUUCAAGCACUGUUCACCGCUGAUGGAUCAGUCAACGAACAAUGUGCAGCUGUUGUGGUUAUCCUUGACAGCCCGGCGGCCAUGACAGUUCGAACCCCUCUAUGUUAUUCCAAGUGGGAUGUUUCCAGAUGGAAACGCCCAACUCUUGUCCCUUCUACGUCAUCUCCACGAUUUCCUAAUUCUUUCUUUCGUUUUCUUUGUCAUUUUUUUUCUCCUUUCAUGUUCCUCCUUUUAUGUUCUCUUCCUCUCUCAUUCCUUCACAAUUACAUGCUCACCUCUAUUCCGACUUUCUUUCAAAUCUGCCAGUUCACCCUUUCCACGAAUAAGAUAGUCACAUAUGUUGCAUCUAUCUAUCUAUCUAUCUAUCUAUCUAUCUAUCUAUCUAUCUAUCUAUCUAUCUAUCUGUUUGCUUGCAUGCUUUUACGUCUUUCUAUGAAUAAUGUUUUGUCUCUAAAUAUCCAUUUUUUCUCUAAAUGGCCGGGCGGUUGCUUUUAG